AUGUUUACCCUGCAAUCGGAGUCAGAGGGACUCCAGACUUUAGGGAUUGUGGUGGUGGUGUGUUCUUCUCUGAAACUUUUGCACUACCUCGGGCUAAUUGACUUGUCAUAUGAUAAAAUUGAAGAUGAAUUAGAGCUGACCACGGUGUGCUAUCGUCCAGAAGGACUGGAACAGCUUGAAGCACAAACCAAUUUCACAAAGAGGGAACUUCAAGUGCUUUACAGAGGAUUUAAAAAUGAAUGUCCUAGUGGGGUUGUUAAUGAAGAGACGUUCAAACAGAUCUAUGCACAGUUUUUUCCACAUGGAGAUGCUAGUAUGUAUGCCCAUUAUCUUUUCAAUGCGUUUGACACUGCACAGACUGGAUCAGUGAAGUUUGAGGGUUUUGUGAUGGCACUAUCAACUUUGUUGAGAGGAACAGUUCAUGAAAAGCUAAGAUGGACAUUUAAUCUUUAUGACAUAAAUAAAGAUGGAUAUAUAAACAAGGAGGAAAUGAUGGAUAUAGUAAAGGCAAUUUAUGAUAUGAUGGGCAAGUACACAUAUCCUGUUCUCAAGCAAGAUGCUCCAAGACUGCACGUAGAAGUUUUCUUCCAGAAAAUGGAUAAAAACAAAGAUGGUGUUGUAACUCUAGAUGAGUUUAUUGAAUCAUGUCAAGAGGAUGACAAUAUUAUGAGAUCCUUACAGCUCUUUGAGAAUGUGAUGUAA